UGGAGCUGGGUGUGGAUCUACCCAUUAUUCCAUACAUUAGCUACAUUUGUUUGUCAUGUUUCUCAAGGUGAUCAACCAUGGCAGUAAGAAGAACUCCAGAUCACUAGAUGACUGGCAGAACAUCACCUUCAAGUAUCUGAAAGAAAUCCAGCAGAGAAGGAAGACAUGGCUGACAGUGGGGAUCACCUCAGAGUCACGAGAGGGUCAAAAUGGCCUCUUGGAUACACUGGCCUCCCUGUACCACACCUCCUCCACAUCCGAGCAGAGACAAAUGACAGUGCUGGUCCACCUGGCUGACUCUGAUCCCGCCUGGCUCAGGAGAACUAUCAUCCGUGUUUCAAGUCUCUACAGGUCCCAGAUCUUGACAGGGCAAUUGCUACUGAUCCACGCCCCGCCUGAUGCCUACCCCCCUGUGAAUGAUGUCCACCCCACUGUGAAUGAUGUCCAGAAUGAGGUCUCUUGGGGGCAGAUCUACUCCAAGCAGAAUGUAGGCCAUGCCUUCCUUAUGAGCUUUGCCACGAAGCUCUCCACUUACUUCCUCUUGAUAGAGGACAAUGUCUUUUGUGCCCCCAAUUUUGUCAACCACAUUCGCUCAAAGGUGAGCUACAGGGAGCCCAACACAUGGGUGCUCCUCGAGUUCUCUAAUAUGGGCAUCCUGGGCAAACUUCUCCACAGCAGGGACCUUCCACUCCUGGCCCACUUCCUCCUCCUUUUCCACAAGGAACGACCUCUUGACUGGCUGCUCCUUCACUUCCGUACCCUCCUGGGCCAGCAAAGUCCAGUCCUCUGCAGACCAUUUCUAUUCUACCACAGGCUGACUCAUGUCACUUUCGAGAACAAGACCUUACUAGGCCAUGAAAAGGAUCCUCCUGAUCCGUAUACCCUCAGUGGAACUGUUUACACAGAUAUGAGGUUCUCCGAUACCCACUCCCCGCAGGAGGCCUAUACUCUGGAUGAGUCAUUCUUCUGGUCCUACAAUGUCAGUACAGGGAACUAUUUGACAGUGAUUUUGAACAAUCCAGCGAACCUCAACAGAGUGCAAGUAAGAACGGGCUCCAUCAUGGAUGGAAAGUACAUUCUAGAGAAAGGACAGGUGGAGCUAGGCUAUGAGCCUGAAGGAACACCGCCACAAUGCACCAGCUUUACCAUACUGGGCCGGCUUGUGCAAGGGCAGAUGGAUAAGAUCAUUCUGGAAAGCACUGGGUGUGAGGUAAGCUGCGUGAAGCUGGCAGUGAACGCUAAUCAGGCCGGUGGUCUCAUGAUCAGGCAUAUCUACAUCUGGGGGGAAAAUGCCAAACACAGAAAAGAUGUCCAAAGGGACAGGGACGACGACGACGACGACGACGACGACGAUGACGAGAGCUGAUGUAUCAGCGUAUGAACAAUUAAAAGCUCA